ACACACACUAAAAAACACAUCCAUCCAUUUUCAAUAUUUUUCUUACUUUCAAGAUUCUCCCACUUUUACACUCUUUCAUUUCACUUAAAAAAAACACACCACACAGUUUUUCUAAACAAUAUUAUAUCUAUCAAUAUUAUAUAUUUAUAUAUAUAGUUUCAUCAAGAUUCAAAGAUAUUUUUAAAAUGGCAACUCCGGGACACUACCGCGGAGUACGGAAGCGGCCGUGGGGGCGGUACGCGGCGGAGAUACGUGAUCCAUGGAAGAAAACCCGUGUUUGGUUAGGCACUUUUGACACGCCGGAAGAAGCUGCCAUGGCGUACGACGGAGCUGCAAGGUCUCUACGUGGUCCUAAAGCUAAAACAAACUUCCCGGCGCCGGCGCCGCCACCGUUGCCGUCUUUGUCGUUGGACUUAAAUAGUUUUCCUUCUGGGCAACAUAUCAGGUGGAUGGCACCGCCGCCGGUGAGACAAGUGAUCGGUGGUGGGUGGUGCUCGGCUGUGUUGGUUGGUGGGUCCGGUGAGUCGCCGGCGGCGGAGAGUUCCCGGCGUGGACUGGGUAUAGAUUUAAAUGAGCCGCCACCUAUUUGGUUGUAGGUGAAAUGGGAUUGGCAAAUUUGUUUCAUGUGAAAACGAUGUCGUUUGGAUGUUUGUUUUUGUUUUUUUCUUUCUUUUUUGCUUUUUAUAAAUGACUUUUUGUUUGUGUUUGA